AUGGCUGGAACUUCUACGAUUCCGCCCGACUAUCAAGAUGCCAAUCCAUUACUUUAUACAUUUCGAGAUGAUAAUACAGGCAUUCAACCAUACUUCAUAGCUGUAUCUCAAUUUUUCUUUUUCGAGUUCUCAUUUCGUCUUUGGGAUCGAGCAGUCUACGGUACAUGGUUACUACCAAGUGACUUCAUCGACGUUAAAAUAGUCAAAUCACCUCCACCACCACCUCCUCCUCCUCUUCCACCUCCUGCUAUCUUUGCACCUCGACGUCGACGCGCCUCCCGUAUUCGAACAAUCUAUCUUCUCAACUACCAGAAAGCAAUCUUAUUAAAGACCAGCGAGGAACUAGAAGAAAAUAGAAAGAAGCCAACGUUUGAUUUAUUUGACAUUCUGUUCGCUUGUUCGCCAUUAUUUGCACAUGCGAUUUGGUAUUGUGUCAUCCAAUCAAAUUGCAUGUCAGGCGCAUUUGCGACGACCUGGAAUUGCUACAAUCUGUUUGGCUAUCGAAUAUACAAUUAUUUAUUUGAUCCAUACUCCAUGUUCGCAUACGAAUAUGUUUCAAAGAUGAUUAUCUUACGUGAUAAAAGACAUCUUGAAGUUCCUUGGAUUGUUCGAAAGAAAAAAUGGCGACAAGUCUUAGGGAAAAUCAUCUUUUAUCCAUCGAUGAUCAUCUCGACUAUUACAUUUGUGUUUAUUUCCGCUAUGCUUCUUCCCUAUAUAUUCACCAAUGUUAUUCCCAUGAUUGUCAUUUAUUCGUUCAUCGUCACUAUUUACGCGUAUAUUGUGACGAUUUAUGCAGGUUUACUCAAAUUUUAUACAUUUGUUACAAAGAAAAUCUUUAAGAUCGAUAAUGAUAAACUUCCCAAAAUAGAAAUGAUAGUGAGAAAAUAUCAUUUCAAACGACGAUAUAUUGUUUACUUUGCCAUCCGCUGGUCUCCACAUUUAGUACCAUUUCUAUUCAAUUUAUCACAAUAUUUCUUUUAUAGCGCAGAUUUCCUGGGCGCAUUGAAUCGAGAAGCAUCAUCCAGAAGUAUAGUCGCUUAUUUCGAACGAGUAAGAAACUCACCGCAAAUUGUUCAUACCAUACUAACGGCAAUCUAA